GGUCUAUAACAGACUCAUAGAUCUACGUAUAUGCUUUAAUAAGCUGAACUACCGUUCAAACUGUCUUUCUAAAUAUGAUUCCAGAUUAUGAGAGAAAUUGAAUACGCAUUGUCAUAGCAUCGUGGGUGGAGUCUGAUUCUGAUGAUACUGGAGACUGUUCGAUUCUUAUAAGCGUUGGCGCGGAAGUUGUAUUGGACUCGUAUCCAUGUGACUCCAAGGGUCAAUACCUGUUCUGUAAGCUCUCAUUCAGUCCCGGCGUGGAAUUACGCUCGGACAAGGGGACCAAGAAUUUCUUCGUGGUCGCAGACGAGUAUUUUCAUCUGCGGUUGUUCAGUAUCGAUGGUGACGUCAUCGAAGGCCAUCCAAAUAACACCACCCUGAUACGUCACGUCAACAAACUCGGGGAAGAAGUGGGAGUCACUCCGGGCGACCCCAUGAACCCACUUGGACGCCAUCUAUGGAGCAACGGCGAAACUAAGAUUCUAACGUCAUGCGGCGAAGGAAACUUCACGUGCACGAAGUUCGAGUGCAUCGAUCUGAAUCUUCACUGCAACGCAGAAUACGACUGCACUGACAACUCUGACGAAGUUUGCGACAUCGUGAAGCCGUUGAACCAGUCAUACAACAGGAAUCAGCCAUCUGAGCAUAAUAUGCCUGUAGAAUUGACGGUCUUCACGAAACUAGUCCACGACAUAGACGUUUCGAAAGGCUUGGUCUGCGUGUGGCUCCAGCUGGAAACGAUAUGGCAGGAUUCCAGACUGGAGUUCGUUCAGCUGAGGGAUGACAUGACGGACAACAAGAUAAGCAACAGCAGUCACAUAUGGGAACCCAGAUACACUCUGUCGAAUGGCCUCUUCGACACAUGAAAUACCGGAAGAGGAAGAACGUCCGGUUCGACAUUUACGCCCUCAAGGAGGGCAAUAUCACCACGGGCGUCGUUAGAGGCUUUGAGAGUUACAUUUACAGCAGUGAAAACGGAACACGUCUGUUCAGAACGGAGGACUUUAUGAUAUCUACAUCUGCAACUUCAGCCUAAGUUUCUUCCCAUUUGAUGUUCAUCUUUGCACCAUAGAAAUUACCCUCCUCAACCAG